AUGGCAAAGGCUAAGAAGGGGAAGAAUGACGAGAAGGCGGCCAAGCUAGCUGCAAAGAAGCAGAAGCAGGCCAGCAAGGGUGAGAAGAAGGCCAAGACCAAAACUGCGAAGCUCGAGGGCAGCGAUGCCGAGGACGUCGACCUCGAGCAAGUUCUCGAGGAGUACAGGAAGCAGCAGGAACAGUUCCUCAAAGUCACUGAGACUGUGUGCGAGGGACCGCCCAAGGCCCGCUCCGCUUCCACCAUCAUGGCCUCGCCCUGUGACCGCAACAACCUGCUCCUGUUUGGUGGCGAGUACUUCAACGGCGCAUUGGCACAUUUCUUCAACGACCUGCACAUCUACUACAUCGACCGAGAUGAGUGGAGGUGCGUGACAUCUCCAAACGCCCCGUUGCCGCGUUCUGGACAUGCGUGGACGAGGGCGUCGAACCCAAACCACGUGUAUCUUUUUGGUGGGGAGUUCUCGUCUCCAAAGCAGGGAACAUUUCAUCAUUACUCGGACUUUUGGCGGCUGGAGCCCGCCACGAGGGAGUGGACGAAGAUCGAGUGCAAGGGCAAGACGCCCCCGGCAAGGAGUGGCCAUCGCAUGACCUACUGGAAACAGUACAUCAUCUUGUUUGGUGGCUUCCAAGACACUUCGAACCAGACCAAGUAUCUGGCCGACUUGUGGAUCUUUGAUACCCAGAACUUUUCGUGGUACAGCCCGACGCUGCCUCCGGCGCAACUCAAACCCGACGCCCGAUCUUCCUUCACUUUCCUUCCUCACGAGCAAGGCACCGUCUUGUAUGGAGGCUACUCUAGAGUCAAGGCCACCGUGGCGGCCAACAAGCAGGCCAGGGGCUCGGCUCAAGGAUCAAGGAACAUCUUGAAGCCGAUGGUGCACGAUGACUGUUUCUUCCUCAGGAUGUCUCUGCCAGCCGACGGAUCACCUCCCAACGCACCCCCCGUCGUUCGCUGGGAGAGACGCAAGAAACCUGCCAACGCCCCCAGCCCUAAGCGUGCGGGUGCUACCAUGGCCUGGCACAAGGGGCGUGGCAUCUUGUUCGGAGGUGUGCACGACGUGGAAGACAGCGAAGAAGGCAUGGACAGCGAGUUCUUCAGGGAGCUUUUCGCGUGGAACAUUGAACGGAACCGCUUCUUCCCGCUGGUCCUCCGCAAAGCUCGCCAGCAGAAGAAGGCCAACCCGGCUGAACAGCGCGGCGGUCGUCGUGCGCGAGCCCAAGAUCGUGAGGAUGAGCUCCUCCGCCAGUUGGCUGCUCUGGAAACGGGCAAGUCCUUGGAGGAUGCCGACGAUAUGGAGCUGGAGAAGAAGGAGGAGGAGCCCCAAGAGGACGCAAAGCCCCUGAGGGACAUGCCGAUGACGAUGGAGCUGCCGCACCAACGAUUCAACGCGCAGUUGGCCGUGCAAGACGAUGUUUUGUACAUCUACGGCGGCACGUUUGAGGCGAAGGAUCGCGAGUUCACAUUCGAUGACCUCUACGCGGUUGAUCUCGGUAAAAUGGAUGGCUGCAAGGAGAUUUUCAACAGGCCCGUUGAUGACUGGGUCGAAUCCGAAGACGAGGAUGACGACGACGAUGAUGAUGAUGAAGACGAAGAUGAUGAAGACGAAGACGAUGAGGAAGAUGUCGAAAUGGAGGAGGAAGACAGGAAGCAGUUCUACAACACGCCGAGUAAGCGCAAGAAGAAGCAAGGUGACGAGGAUUCCGUUGCCGGCUCUGAGACGACCGCGGCUUCAGCUUCGACUGUGUCCACGAGCGUCACCGAGGACGAUGACACAGAGGCGGAGGCGACUGUGGACGACGGUCUUCCGCACCCAAGACCCUUCGAGUCCAGACGCGACUUCUUCGUACGCACCACGAACGAGUGGCAGGAGAUCCUCAUGACCAACCUUCGCUGGAAGAACAUCCAGCCGGAGACGAUGGCCAUUAAGGAGAUCAAGGCCAAGGCUUUCGAGCUCAGCGAGGAGAAGUGGUGGGACUGCAGGGAGGAGAUCACGGCAUUGGAAGAGGAGCAAGAGGCUGCCGGCAUCACGGAGGUUGUGUCGCUCGCGGAAAGAGGCGAUGCCAGUGCCGCUGGUGGAGCGAGAAGACGUUAA